UGGUGUAUCAUUCCUCUAGUCGAGUAGUCGCAUUGGUCUCAUCUCCUUCCUUUUGCUCCUCCUCCCGCCUCCGGACUGUUCUGAUUGCCUCUCUUAAAACCCUAACUUCCAUUUUCUAGGGCUUAUCUAUCUCCUCUAAUUUCCUUCAUCCUCACCACUCACACUCACUCUAAAUCUGGCAAAUCGCAUACUCGCAUCUGCUCUUAAAACCUAACUACUCUUCCCCAACAACAAAACCAGCAUUUGGUAGUUGUAUCGCCCUUCACCACCUCUAGUCGGGCGGCGCCUCUGCCAGCCACCUCUCCUUCUCUGCUGCUCCUAUUCUCGAAACACUGUCCAAGUGUCCAGUGAAUUGGUAACUUAUGGCAGGCAAGUCAAGUAAUGCCAGGAACCGGAAGGGAUCACAUGCCCCUGCUAAAUCUUCCCAGCCUACCGUAUCCCCUGAUGUCUCUGCAAAUGAUAGCCCAAAUGUCAUCGACGCAGUAGCCCUUGAUGCCUCUGCAAAUGGUAGCCCAAAUGUCAUUGACGCUGUAUCCCUUGAUGCUUCUGCAAAUGAUAGCCCGAAUGUCGUCGACUCUGCUAUUCCCGAAGCUAAUGGAAUUGGUACAAGUGGGGACUCAACUAGCCCUGCAGCUGACGUUAAGGAGACUGAACCCUCAAACACAUUAAACCCACCUAGACAAGGUGAACUUCAUCUUUAUCCUGUUUCUGUCAAGACCCUUGGUGGUGAGAAGCUGGAGUUACAACUCAAUCCUGGUGAUUCUGUGAUGGAUGUGAGGCAAUUUCUUCUCGAUGCACCCGAAACAUGUUUUUUUACAUGUUAUGAUUUGUUAUUGCAUGCAAAAGAUGGUGCAGUUAAUCAUCUAGAAGAUUACAAUGAAAUUUCUGAAGUUGCUGAUAUUACUGCUGGUGAUUGUUCUUUGGAAAUGGUUGCAGCUUGCUAUGAUGACAGAUCUGUGAGGGCCCAUGUGCACCGCACAAGGGAAUUGCUUUCUCUUUCAACCCUGCACGCGUCACUUUCAACAUCCCUUGCUCUGCAGCAUGAGACAUCUCGUAAUUCUUCUGAGAGCGCACAAGAUUCUGUUAAAGCAGAAGUCCCAGAACUGGAUGGUUUUGGUUUUAUGGAGGAUGUUACCGGUUCUCUGAAUAAAUUGUUCUCUUCUUCUUCUAAAGAGGUCAAGUGUGUUGAGAAUAUAGUGUUCUCGUCAUUUAAUCCUCCUCCGAGUUACAGAAGGCUCGUUGGAGACUUACUUUAUUUGGAUGUGACUACAUUGGAGGGUGGCAAGUUUUGCAUCACCGGAACAACCAGAAUGUUUUAUGUUAAUUCAAGUGCUGGGAACAUCUUAGAUCCCAGACCUUCCAAAGGUGCUGUUGAAGCAUCUACCCUUAUUGGACUCUUGCAAAGAAUUAGCUCAAAGUUUAAGAAAGCUUUUCGGGAAAUUUUGGAGCAGAAGGCUGCUGCACAUCCUUUUGAAAAUGUUCAAUCCUUGUUGCCUCCAAAUUCAUGGCUUGGUUCAUAUCCUUUACCUGAACACAAACGUGAUGCAGCCAGGGCUGAAAAUGCACUAACACUGACUUAUGGAAGCGAACUAAUUGGCAUGCAAAGGGAUUGGAAUGAAGAGUUGCAGUCGUGUCGAGAAUUCCCUCAUUCGACCCCCCAGGAAAGGAUUCUUCGUGACAGAGCUCUGUAUAAAGUGACCUCUGACUUUGUUGAUGCGGCUACAGAAGGUGCCAUUGGAGUCAUUAACAGAUGCAUACCUCCAAUCAAUCCGACAGAUCCUGAAUGCUUUCACAUGUAUGUGCACAACAAUAUCUUCUUCAGUUUUGCUGUUGAUGCGGACCUUGAGCAGAUGCCGCGGAAACACAUACAGAAUACUGAUUUGAAGUCCAAUACUGCUGCUAUUCGACAAGAUUUAAAUGGAAAAACUUUGAAGAAAUCAUCUGAUGGAGCAGCUGUCAUUUGCAAUGGGGUUGACUCCUAUGCCUCGAAGAUAGAGGACAAGAAUGGUGUCGUGGAUGUUGCUACUGACGUAUCUGCUGAAACUCAAUUGACUGAUAGUGAGCAGGCUACAUAUGCUUCUGCUAAUAAUGAUUUGAAAGGCACCAAGGCGUACCAGGAAGCUGAUGUCCCUGGGCUGUAUAACCUGGCUAUGGCUAUUAUCGAUUACAGGGGUCAUAGAGUGGUUGCACAGAGUGUUUUGCCUGGCAUCCUGCAAGGAGAUAAAUCAGACUCUCUUUUAUAUGGUUCUGUGGACAAUGGGAAAAAGAUUUGCUGGAAUGAGGAUUUUCAUAUCAAGGUACUUGAAGCUGCAAAAUGCCUGCACUUGAAGGAGCACACAGUCCUUGAUGAGUUUGGCAAUUCAUUCAAACUAGCUGGACCCGUAGAAUGCAAGGGUAUUAUUGGUAGUGAUGACAGGCAUUACCUUCUGGAUCUGAUGAGGGUGACUCCCCGUGAUGCUAAUUACACUGGAGCCGGGUCUCGCUUCUGUAUAUUGAGGCCUGAGCUUAUUAGAGCUUUCUGCCAAGCUGAAGCUGCAAAGAGGCCAACUGAUGAAUCAAAGUUUGAGGAAAAUGAUUGCUUGGCUUCUGAAACAUCAGAUUGUUCUAAGUUGGAAAUGCAAUCUGCUAAUGACUCUGAUGCUACGGUUGCCUUGAACAGCCAAGAUAUUGCUAAAGAAACAACAAGAGAUCCUGUUGAAGAGGUUGUGUCAGCUGCUACUGAAUUUGAAACAACUGAACAAAUAAGCUUUAAUCCAAAUGUAUUUACAGAGUUUAAGUUGGCUGGAUCUCCCCAAGAGAUAGGAUCAGAUGAAGAUAAUGUGAGACAGGCAAGCUCUUAUCUCACUGAUACUGUGCUACCAAAGUUUAUACAAGAUCUCUGCACACUUGAAGUUUCUCCAAUGGAUGGUCAGACAUUAACUGAAGCACUUCAUGCCCAUGGGAUCAAUGUUCGAUAUAUUGGAAAAGUGGCUGAAGGGACCAGACAUAUGCCACAUCUUUGGGAUCUUUGCACUAAUGAGAUUGCAGUAAGGGCUGCAAAACACUUGCUCAAGGAUAUUGUCAGAGAUACAGAUGACCAUGAACUUGGGCCUUCAGUUGCACAUUUUUUCAACUGUUUCUUCAGCAAUUCUCAAAUUUUAUCUGAUAAAAACAGCAGUAGCAACUUGCUGCAUCGAUCUCAGAAGAAGGAGCAAGGCGGUCAUCAAAAGUCUACAAAGGGAAAGUCCAGGUCAACAAAUGGGUCAUUUGUGAAAAAGUGUUCACCUUUAUACAUGGGCUUAAGUGCCGAGGGACUCUGGUCCGAUAUCCUGGAAUUCGCAAGGGUCAAAUAUCAGUUUGAUCUACCAGAGGAUGCGAGAACACGUGUGAAGAAAGUUUCGGUUAUUCGUAAUCUCUGUCAUAAGGUUGGAGCAAGUCUUGCAGCUCGUAAAUAUGAUCUUAAUGAUGCAAGACCUUUUCAAACAUCAGACAUCUUGAAACUCCAGCCUGUUGUGAAACAUUCAAUUCCUAUAUGCUCAGAAGCCAGGGAUCUUGUUGAGAGAGGAAAGGUCCAGUUGGCUGAAGGAAUGCUUGGUGAGGCAUACACAGCUUUUUCAGAGGCAUUUUCUAUACUGCAGCAGGUGACUGGUCCAAUGCAUAGGGAAGUUGCGAACUGCUGUAGAUACCUUGCUAUGGUGCUCUAUCAUGCUGGGGACAUGGCUGGAGCAAUAAUGCAGCAGCAUAAAGAAUUAAUCAUAAAUGAACGGUGCCUUGGUUUGGACCACCCUGAUACUGCCCAUAGUUAUGGCAAUAUGGCUCUAUUUUAUCAUGGAUUGAACCAAACCGAGCUUGCAUUACGUCACAUGGCGAGGGCAUUGCUAUUACUGAGCUUGUCCUCCGGACCUGAUCAUCCUGAUGUUGCUGCAACUUUCAUAAAUGUUGCUAUGAUGUAUCAAGAUAUCAGCAGGAUGGACACAGCUCUUCGAUACCUGCAAGAAGCUCUGAAGAAAAAUGAAAGGCUUCUAGGGGAGGAGCAUAUUCAAACUGCUGUUUGUUAUCAUGCUCUUGCUAUUGCAUUUAAUUGUAUGGGUCUCUACAAACUUUCUCACCAGCAUGAAAAGAAGACUUAUGAAAUACUUGUCAAACAACUUGGGGAAGAGGAUUCAAGGACACGUGAUUCACAAAACUGGAUGAAUACAUUCAAAAUGCGAGAGCGUCAAAUGAAUGCGCAAAAACAAAAGGGACAAACUCUUGACUCGGUUGCUGCCCGAAAAGCUGUUGAUAUUUUAAAGGGUUUACAAGCAGCUGCAGCAGCGGGAGGAUCUCGUAGUUCAACUGUUUCCAUGAACAAAUCCUUGAAUGCAGCUAUGAUUGGGGAGGCUUUACCUCGGGGAAGAGGAGUUGAUGAAAGAGCAGUACGUGCUGCAGCUUCAGUUAGGAAGAAAGCUGAUGCUAGGAGACAUGCAGGUUCUCAAGUUACCCCAGUACAACCACCUGUUGUUAGUCAACUCCUAAACAUUAGAAGUCCAACGACGAUCCCUAAAUCAAAGGAUAAUGGUAAAGGGGACAAUCAAAGAAAGGGAAUCCCGUCUGUCGUUAGUGCUGAAGACCUAGUACAUGAUAAUGUUCAAGGAGAGCAACCAUAUCCGGCUUCGGCUCCUGUUGGUCUAGGUAAAGGCUUAGCUUCACUGGAUGUUAAAAAGCAGAAGAAUAAACCAAAUGUGGAAAGUUGAUUACUGCGGAAAUUGUUCCAUCGUCUUGCCUUGUCAACAUGGAGAUGUCUUCUUCUCACACUUCAGUUGUUCAAGAUUCUUUUUGUAUUCAUGGAUAAUUAACCGCGUAUUUUCUUUUUAUCUUUACAAACUUUAGGAAUUAGGAUACUGAUUCUAUUGUUCUUAUUCUUCUUUAAAUAAAACUAGUUGCUGCUAGGUUAUGGCGUUUUUUUUGUAGUGUAGAAUCGGUUGGUGUUUCUUAAAUUUGUUAUGUAUUUUAACAUACUACUAAUUCUUCUUUUUAUGUUACACUGGUUAAAUAAGUGCUUAAUACCAUUGUUCA